CGCCUCUCUCAGUCUCUCUGAACUAGAAAGCCCUCCUCCCGCUCUCUCUCUCUCUCUCUCUCUCUCUCUCUCUCUCUAUUCUCGAUUCCCAGAAAAUGAACACGGCGUCACACCAGCACCAAGCCGGAGCUUCCUCAUCCGUGCCCAUGGAUGCCGAAGAAGACAGCUCCUCCGUCGUCAAAGGUAAAGAGACUGAGGACCUCAAGGCUGAAAUGGAGAAGCUAAACAUUGAGGGGUCAUCUUCCAGCUUCAAGAAGAAACCAGUUAUUAUCAUUGUUGUCGGCAUGGCAGGGAGUGGUAAAACAACCUUUAUGCAUCGCUUGGUUGCGCACACUCAUCAGAAUAAUAUUCGUGGGUACGUGGUGAACCUAGACCCAGCUGUGUUGACUCUUCCGUUUGGUGCAAAUAUUGAUAUCCGGGAUACUGUUAAGUACAAGGAAGUGAUGAAACAAUUCAACCUUGGACCUAAUGGUGGGAUUUUGACCUCACUCAACUUGUUUGCCACCAAGUUUGAUGAGGUCAUAAAUGUUAUCGAGAAGCGAGCAGAUCAGCUUGACUAUGUUCUUGUAGACACUCCUGGUCAGAUUGAGAUAUUUACUUGGUCUGCAUCGGGUGCUAUCAUCACCGAAGCAUUUGCUUCGACAUUUCCUACUGUUGUGACUUAUGUAGUCGAUACGCCUCGCUCAGCUAGCCCAGUUACCUUUAUGAGCAACAUGCUAUAUGCAUGUAGUAUCCUAUACAAGACACGGUUGCCCCUUGUGCUGGCAUUCAACAAAACAGAUGUGGCUCAACAUGAAUUUGCUUUGGAGUGGAUGGAGGAUUUUGAGGCGUUUCAAGCAGCAGUGAGUGAAGACCACUCAUACACUUCAACUCUAACAGAGAGCCUUUCCCUUGUGUUGGAUGAAUUCUAUAAGAACUUACGGUCUGUUGGAGUGUCUGCGAUUUCUGGUGCUGGAAUGGAUGCCUUCUUUAAAGCCAUUGAAGCAAGUGCUGAGGAAUACAUGGCCACCUAUAAGACUGAUCUGGACAAUAGACGCGUAGAGAAGGAGCAUUUAGAGGAGGAACAUAGGAGAAAAACCAUGGAGAAGUUGAGGAAGGAUAUGGAGCAAUCCAGGGGAGAAAAUGUGAUCUUGAGCACUGGUUUGAAGGACAAUGAAGAGAGGAACAAAGCUAUGAUGGAUGAAGAUGAGGAUGAGGAACUUGACGAGGAUGAGGAGAUAAUGACUGAAGAUGAGGAUGCCAUUGAUGAGGAUGAAGACGAUGAAAAUAGCAACUUCCCAUUUUAGUGAUGAUGCUUCUUUACUGGGCAGAUGGUAUCUUUUAGAACAAGCAGAGGUUGUAAGUAUUAGCAAACUAACUAGGUACCAAGUGGUGGAUUGCGAUAAUGUCAUUUUAGUUCCACACCUUAUGGUUGUGUUUAAACUUGUUGGCAAUGCGAAUACUUUGUGAUGACUCUCCAACUUUUUGGUGGUUGAAAUUGAAAUCAGGUCUUUGUUUGGUUCUUAA